AUGGAUUACAUAUAUUUAGUUUUAAAUUUAUUGCUCUAUCAUUCGAUAUUGGAUAUACAAAUAAUCUUGAUGGAGGAAGCAUUAAUAGUUAAAAUUUUGGAUGGGUCUCGUUUCGGAUUAGUUUAAAUGCGAUUGCAAAUAAAUAUUUUGAUAUUAUUUAUUUUUUCUAAAUUAUUCCACAAGAGGAGCAAAUGUUACCAAGAGGAUAGUAAAAUAUUAGAUUAAUUCGUUUAUAGCGCUUUUAUUAGUAAUAUCGGAAUGAUGUUGUAUGUUUCUUGCUGGAUGGCAUAAUACUGUUAUCAAGCAAAAUCCUACAAUAUUGCAGACUUAACAGGAAUGGACCAUUAUUAGACAUGGGUGAUAAUGAAUAUCGCAGGAGCAAGUUGUCUCUUAUUGGGCUUGUUGAUAAGCUUAGCUAAAAUUGCUAUAGAUUAAGCGGCCUUAGGAUAUGGAUCAUUAGGAAUUAGUUUAAUCGGAUGGAUUCUCAUAACAAUUGGAAUGGGAAUUGGGUCAGACACAGCUCAAUUCAAAGACACCUCCCUUGAUUAUAAUAUUCCAGUGUCAAAUUGGUUUGCAAUGACAGGUAUUUGUUUCCAAAUUUCAUUUAACGGAUACGAACAUUCAAUAUAGGAAGAUGAUAGCACUGGUUAAACCAAUAAGUAAGUAGAAAUCUGAUUAAUAAAAUAUAUCAAACAUCAAUAAAUUCAUUAUAUAAAAAGAUGGU